AUGUCAAAAUUACUUAUAUAUUAUGUUCUUCCUUGGUCAAUUGAUGGACGUUUCGGUUUAACCAUCAAUCCACUAAAAGGUCAAGGACGUGUUUCGUAUCAGUUUGCAAGAAUAAUCAGGCAUAUUACCGGUCGUAAUCCGUUGGAUUUUAAUGGCUAUGGUUGUCACUGUGGUUGGGGUAGUAAAGGUUUCAAGGUAGUUGAUGCUAUUGAUCAAUGUUGUGUUGUUCAUGAUAAUUGUUACAAUAAUGCAUGGUAUGAUUAUGAUUUUGUUACAAACGAUAUUCAGUGUACCGAUGAACCAGGAACAAUUGAUCGCGAAGCAUGUGAAUGCGAUAGACAAGCAGCACUGUGCUUUCGCUCAUCGCCUUAUAUUUCAGCUUAUGAGGACUACCGAGUUAAUAAAUGUUAA